GGCAAUGUCCAGAGGAGGAGCGCAGUACGUGGAGUAAGCAGAUGGAGAUGGAGAGCAACACUGCGGCUCAGGCAGAGACCGAACACCGUCGACGGCGACGACAAAGACGAGGAGGCCUCAGAACUCUGCCUUUCAUCCUCGCAAAUGAAGUGUGUGACAGAUUUGCUACGGCAGGAUUUCAUGCGAACCUGAUAAGCUACCUGACCCAGGAGAUGAACAUGCCUCUCGUAUCUGCCUCCAACACUCUCACCAACUUCUCCGGAGCUUCCAGCUUCACCCCUCUCAUCGGUGCUUUCAUUGCCGAUUCUUUUGCUGGCCGCUUCUGGACCAUAACCGUCGCUUCUCUCAUCUAUCAACUGGGUUUAAUUAGUAUUACUGUAUCAGCGAUACUGCCAUCUCUGCGUCCCCCGCCAUGUCCAACUCAAGUGAACUGCAAAGAAGCCUCGUUUUCUCAACUAUGGGUGCUCUAUGUGUCUCUCCUUCUCACAUCAAUUGGGUCCGGAGGUAUUAGGCCUUGCGUUGUGCCUUUUUCUGCAGACCAAUUUGACAUGUCCAGAAAAGGCGUCGCAGCCAGGAAGUGGAAUCUCUUCAACUGGUACUUCUUUGCCAUGGCGUUGGCUUCUUUAAGUGCUCUCACUGUGGUGGUUUACAUCCAAGACAACAUGGGUUGGGCAUGGGGGCUUGGUAUUCCAACCAUCGCCAUGCUCAUCUCUGUUAUCGCCUUUGUGUUAGGCUCACCACUUUACAAGGUUCAGAAACCAAGUGGGAGUCCUCUGCUUCGCUUGCUUCAAGUCAGUGUUGCUGCUAUGCACAAGAGGAAGCAGGUUCUGCCCCAAGAUUCCAACCUUCUGUACCAAAAUAAGCAGCUUGAUGCUCAAAUUUCCUUGCACGGAAGGCUUCUUCACUCUGAUCAGUACAAGUGGUUGGAUAAAGCAGCAAUAGUAACAGAGGAGGGAGCCAGAGAUGCGAAUGCUCCUCUAAACUUAUGGACAUUAGCCACUGUGCAUAGAGUUGAGGAGCUAAAAUGCAUAAUUAGAAUGCUUCCCAUUUGGGCGGCUGGCAUAUUGCUCGUAGCCUCUUCAUCACACCUUCAUAGCUUUGUGAUCCUACAAGCUCGCUCCAUGAAUCGCCACCUCGCUCAUUCAUUCCAAAUCCCACCAGCCACCAUGUCCAUCUUCAGUGUGCUAACCAUGAUGUUCGGUGUUGUUCUGUACGAACGCCUCUUUGUUCCCUUGGCUCGUAGAUUCACAGGGAACCCUUCCGGGAUCACGUGCCUACAGAGAAUGGGAGUGGGAUUUGUUGUUAGUAUUGGAGGCACAGUGGUUUCGGCACUUGUGGAAAUGAAGAGAAAAUCAGUCGCUUUCAAGUACCACUUACUGGAUGAUCCAAAAGCUACUAUUCCCGUCAGCGUGUUCUGGUUGGUACCUCAAUACUUUCUUCAUGGGGUGGCUGAAGUUUUCAUGUCUGUAGGACAUUUGGAGUUUCUGUACGACCAGUCUCCUGAGAGUAUGAAAAGCAGUGCUUCAGCCCUGUAUUGCAUAACCACAGCCAUCGGGAGUUAUAUAGGAACCAUGAUGGUGUCUUUGGUUCAUGACUACAGUGGGAAGGGAAGUAAUUGGCUUCCUGAUAGGAAUAUAAACAGGGGAAAAUUGGACUAUUAUUACUUUCUAGUUAGUGGGAUUCAGGUUAUAAAUCUGAUUUAUUAUCUGAUAUGUGCUUGGCUUUACACUUACAAGCCCCUGGAAGAAGUUAGUGAGAUAAUGAACCAAGAGUCCAAAAGUCAAAUGGGAGGUGUAAAGCAAGAGAUAUAGAACAUUUAAAAAAAAAAAAAAAGAACGUUCGACUUGUUUGUCUUGAUGUGUGCAUCCACUUACAUUUAUUCUUGAAAUCUAAAAAAAUUAUAGUA